UGUAACAGAAAAGGUCCAAAAACAUUAACCAAAUAGAAGUGUGGAGCAUAUUAAGCAAGAUGAACAUCUCUGGAAGCAGUUGCAGAAGCCCUAGUUCUGCAGAUGUAUCUAAUGACUUUAAGGAACUCUGGACAAAACUAGAGUACCAUGAUAAAGAAGUACAAGGUUUACAAGCAAAAGUAACCAAACUGAAAAAGGAACGAAUUUUAGAUGCACAAAGACUGGAAGUUUUCACCAAAAAUCAACAGCUGAGAGAGCAACAGAAAGUCCUUCAUGAAACCAUUAAAGUUUUAGAAGAUCGGUUAAAAGCAGGUUGCUGUGCAGUAAGAGAAGAACAUAUGCGGAAAAAGCAGCAGGAGUUUGAAAAUAUCUGGCAGCAGAAUCUUAAACUUAUUGCAGAACUUAUGAAUGAAAAGAAUACUCUCCAGGAAGAAAAUAAAAAACUUUCUGAACAACUGCAGCAGAAAAUUGAACAUUUUUUUAAUUGCCAGAGGUCAUGUGUACUUACAGUGGUUGAGGAAGAGAGAAAGCAUUCCUCCAAUGGGAAUGAUCAACAGCAUCAAGUUUCUGAGUUCGAAUGUGAGAAAAAUGCUAUUCCAGAAUCACCAAUAACAGCCUUUUCAUUUUCUGGUGUUAAUCGACUGCGAAGAAAGGAGAACCUCCAUGUCCGGUACAUAGAACAAACACAUUCUAAUUUAGAGCUCUCCCUGUGCACAGAUGAACUGAAAAAAGUUUUCAAGGCUUCAACUAAUCUACAACAUAAGCUUAAUGAAAAUGAAAUGCUAGUGGCUGACACCUGUGAUCAAAGUCAGUCUCCAGUGACUAGAACACAUGGAACAAGCAGUUAUCCCACUGGUAAGUCAUCUUUUAAUUUAGCUACAGUUGUUGCUGAAACACUUGGAGUUAGUGUUCAAGAAGAAUCUGAAUCUCAAGGUCCCAUGAUCCCUCUUGCUGAUGAGCUCUACCACUGUUUGGAAGGAGAUCAUAAGAAACGGCCAGUUGAGGAAUCCACAAGAAAUAGUGAAAAUAGUUUAAGAUUUUCAGAUUCUACUUCAAAGACUUCCUCUCAAGAAUUGACUACUUGGGUGACAUCUCCUGUAUUUGGAGCUACCUCUAAUAUAAAAAGUUGUUUAGGUUUGAAUACAAGUUUAUCCCCUUCUCUUUUAGAUACUGGGGAAAAAAAACAUCUGAAAAUAGCCCCUUUGAGCAACACUUGUAUUUCUAGAGCAGAGAAAGCCAGAUCAAAAUCUGAAGAUAAUGCUCUUUUCACAUGUCAUAGUGUUGAGUCUGAAGUAAACAAGAUCAUUAGCUACUCAUCUUCUUAUAAGCAGAUUCUUAGAAAUAUAAGUGAAUCCAUAAGUGAACAGAAUAGUACUGAUGCCAUGAAAGAUGCUAUUACUGAUAAACAUUUGGUGCCCUUGAAAUCAGUGGGGAGCAGAACAUCCAAAAGGAAGAAAACUGAGGAAGAAAGUGAACAUGACAUAAGCUCCCCUCAAGGUUCUUUUGAUAAAGAAAAUGCUUUUCUUUUUCCAAUGGAUAAUCAGUUUUUCAUGAAUGGGGACAAUAUGAUGGAUCUUUCUGAUCGAUUUUCAGCUAUGCAGCGUCAAGAGAAAAGCCAAGGCAGUGAGACCCCUAAAAACAGAUUUAGGCAAGUGAAUCUCUGUGAGACUUUGAAGCCCAUUUCAAACAGUUCUUCAAGCCGUAAGGCUUUGGGUGGGAGCUGUGUGUUACCCAGAGAUCCCCCUGAGGAGUCCUGUUUACAGGAGUGCAUCCUUCAGUCCUUAAGUAAAUCCUCUCCAGACAAUAAAACACCAUUACAAAUAAAAGAAGAAAAUCCUGUCUUCAAAAUCCCUCUAUGUCCACGUGAAAGUUUGGAGGCAGAAAAUUUUUUAGAUGAUAUGAAGGGUGCUAGUUCUCAUGAGCCAAUAAAAUUAAAACCCAGGUCAAUCCAUGGAGGGUGUGAACUUGCAUCCGUUCUUCAGUUAAAUCCAUGUAGAAUUGCUAAAACAAAAUCUCUACAAAACAACCAAGAUAUAUCCUUUGAAAAUAUCCAGUGGAGUGUAGAUCCAGGAGCAGAUCUUUCUCAGUAUAAAAUGGAUAUUACUGUAAUAGAUGCAAAGCAUGGCAGUCAGUCAAGAUUAGGAGGCGAGACAGUGGACGUGGACUGUACGUUGGUCAGUGAAACAGUGCUUUUAAAAAUGAAGAACCAAGAACAGAAAGGAGAAAAAAGUCCAAAUGGAGAAAGAAACAUGGAUGAUAGCUUGGAAGAUAUGUUUGAUCAGACAACACAUGAAGAAUAUGAAUCCUGUUUGGCAGAUAAUUUCUCCCAAGUAACAGAUAAAGAGGAAGAAUUGUCUGCUACCACGAAGAAACCAAAUAGACAUGGUGACAAACAGGCUAACAUCAAGCAGAAAGCAUUUGUGGAACCAUACUUUAAAGAUGAUGAAAGACAUACCGGCUUACAAAAUUUUCCUCAUAUUGAGGUGGUUCGUAAAAAAGACGAGAGAAGAAAAUUGCUUGGGCACACAUGUAGGGAAUGUGAAAUUUAUUAUGCAGAUCUGCCAGUAGAAGAAAGAGAAAAGAAGUUGGCUUCCCGCUCAAGACACAGAUUCCGCUACAUCCCACCCAACACACCAGAGAAUUUCUGGGAAGUUGGUUUUCCCUCCACUCAGACUUGUAUGGAAAGAGGUUACAUUAAGGAAGAUCUUGACCCUUGUCCUCGUCCAAAAAGACGGCAGCCUUACAAUGCAAUGUUUUCUCCAAAAGGCAAGGAACAGAAGAUAUAGAUGUUGAAGCAAAACAAAAGUAUAGAGGACAGUUUUUUCCUUUUUAUUUAUAAAGU